AUGGCUGCCUCUCAAGCCCGGCAGCAAAACCUCAACCUUGGGACAGCCGCUCCGGCGACGGCUCGCAAGUUCCCCGACUGGCUCCAAGUUUGCGUCUAUAUCGCCCUCCUCCUGCCGCGAUUCGUCAUGGCCCAGUUCUUCGUCGGCGGAAACCCGUCCCAGCGCGCUCCCUAUGGCCUACCGGUACUGUCGGCAAGAGCCUUUACCUCGUUCGCCGUCGAUCGUAUCGGCAAAGACCGUGCCGGAAUAAAGAUGGUACACGACGGAACCUGCUCUGCUAUCCUCCCCGACGCCUGCAUCCGCCGUUUACAGUUGACCUCGGUGAUUGGAAGGUGGGAUCAGGGCGAGAGCUGUCAGGAUCUAUAUGUUCCUUUCGAGUGUGCAGCCUAUUUUGCGGAGGAUAGGGGCGCCAGUUUUGAAAUCAGCCCCAUUGGACUCUCCGAGCUCCCUGACAGGCGACUCACGUUUUUUUCCGCGGCCCUCGAGCCUGCGCAAAAGGGCAACAUGUCGGCACUAGCGAAUGCUCAGCGCCGUGUUUGGCCUGUGCUGUUGGCGUGGACGUACUUUAAUCAGAGCGGGAUGGUGCAAGACAGCGCUGGAUGGCUGUCAUAUACCACAGCCGGCGAGUCGAAGAGGCUGCCGCGUCGUAACGUCAGAUCAGUGUUGGACACCGAACAUCGGCAUAUUUGGCCCAGAACAAUAUCGUUAGGAAAAUACGGCGCCUUCCCAUCGAAUCUUGUUAUCGGACGCCCAUACCACCUCACCUUCGAGCUCCUGGAUAAGCUGCCGGACGAGAGCUUUUCACGCCUCCGAGUUGUCACUAGCGACGAGCUCCACGCCGAUGUCUUUGCCGACGAAGGCGCAUCCGGUUGCGCUACGCCCGCGGCUGGUGCAAACGAUACCGUAAUAUCUACGACAGACGGGGAAGAGUUCAGCUUAGUGGACGAGAAAGGAAAUGUCAUUGCGCGCUCAAACCACGAGGUCCUCGACGAGAAUGCGCGGCAGACCCUGACACAGGAGGAGAUUGAGGAGCUGAAGAGGGAGGGAAAUAAUGCCGGAAAGGAUGUCAUCGCCAAGUUGCUUCUCUCCCACACGGCGUUGGAUCAAAAAACGAGCUUCAGUUUGGCCAAGUACAAGCUAUUAAAGACCAAAAAAUACAUUCGGCGGUUCCAGGUCUUGCCGAUCGAUGUGGCCAACCUCGCCCACUGGCAAUUGGAAGAAAGGGAUUCGAGCAAAAUACUGGAUUUAAGGGCCGAGAUGAUUGGGCUCGUCGGCUGCUGGGGAAAUGUGCACUUCGGAGGCGAUGAUGUGUUGCUCCCGGACCCAAAGGCCCCAACCGACGCAGGGGACGAGGCGUGUCUUCCCGUGGACGAGGACCUCUUAAAAGGGAGGUGGCUUGUGGUCGACGAUACCUGUGGGCUGUUGGUAGCGGCGAUGGCCGAGCGGAUGGGCGUCCUUUAUGACGGCGAGGGGCCGGAGACGCAGAGGACUGAAGAAGAGAACGUCACUGCGACUGGGCCGACUCCCGCGCCCUCGGAAAAGCCACAGGAGACUCGGGCUCACGAACUGAUCGUCCCUGAAACAAAACAGAAGGACAGCGACACGGAAAUGGCAGAUGGACCGGGCAACUCCCUGAAGCAACAGAACGACGGAAGACAGAAGCACCAAAAACCCCGGCCCUCUGACUUUGCGAUCCCGUAUUCGCAAAGCAACACGAUCACGGUCAUCCAUUCAGCCAGCCAGCCCAAUCUUUCGCUUCUGAACUAUUGGGGAUUUGACAUCACGUCCCCCAACCACCCGCCCCAUCCCCUGCUCAACCAUCUCCUAAACCUCACCUGGCUGCAGCUGCUGAAGCCGGAACUUGACACGUCGUACUCUACACCGCCACUCACCGCAUCGCCCGAAACUCUCGCGUCAUGGAAGCCAAGUCGCAGAGGCAACUUUCACCGCAAGCGGAGGAGGUAUGCCCGGAUCCGGCACGUCGUCGACAACACACGGAUGGGAAAUUUCUCGGGUCUCGUAUGCGCCAGCACCAUGGACCCCAUCAGCAUCCUCCGUCACACUCUCCCUCUUCUCGGGGGGGGUGCUCCGGUGGCGAUCUACUCGCCGUCCGUGGAGUCCCUGGCCGCGCUGGCCGAUUGCUUCAGCGUACCGCGCCGGACGGCGUGGGUCAGCGGAAGCGUGCCCGAAACCGAUGGCCUGUCGAACGAGGAGCUCGAGCGGUGGGAGGGCAACGAACGGUUUCCGCUCAACCCCACCUUGCUUCAGGGUGUGUCGAUUCAAACGAGCCGCGCCCGUCGGUGGCAGGUGCUUCCCGGAAGGACACAUCCGCUCAUGACGGAACGGGGCGGUGCGGAUGGGUUUGUGUUUACGGCGUGGCGGGCCAAGCCCGGCGGAGGGCAAGGUUGCUGCCAAGGGAAAUUCAAGCGGCGGAAGGUUGGCUCGGAGGCGGAAGUGGUCACUCCGACUCCGGCAUAA